AUGUCGCCCAGAUCUAACGCCAGGAUUGUCCGGUUCGGAGUGUUUGCCCUCAUCCUCAUCGGGUGUGGGUACAUUCUCUCCCGUGGCUCCACCUACCCUGUGGUGCCCACCACCCCCGUUGUCCCCGUGACUCCUAACGCCAACCAGCAAGUUCCUGCUGCCGCAAAGCCUAAGGCUGCCGCUGCCGUUCCUGCGGCCCAGGACAAGAUCAAGGCCACCUUUGUCUCGUUGGCCCGUAACUCGGACUUGUACUCGCUCUUGGGGUCCAUCAGACAGGUCGAGGACCGUUUCAACCGCAAGUUUGAGUACGACUGGGUUUUCUUGAAUGACCAGCCAUUCAACGAGGAAUUCAUAGCAGAAACCACCGCGUUGGUCAGUGGUAAGACCAAGUACGGUCUCAUUCCCAAGGAACAAUGGUCGUACCCUGAGUGGAUCGACCAGGAGAAGGCUGCCUUGGCCAGAGAGGCCAUGAAGGAAAAGAAGGUCAUCUACGGUGAUUCCGUACCUUACAGACACAUGUGCAGAUACGAGUCAGGUUUCUUCUGGAGACACGAAUUGAUGGCUGAAUACGAAUACUAUUGGAGAGUUGAACCCGACAUCAAGAUCUACUGUGACAUCGACUACGACAUUUUCAAGUGGAUGAAGGACAACAACAAGGACUACUCGUUCACGAUCUCGUUGCCCGAAUACGAAGCUACCAUCCCUACCCUCUGGAAGACCACCAAGGAGUUCAUCGAACAGAACAAGCAGUACGUUGCCGAAAACAACUUGUUGCAGUGGAUCUCUAGCGACAACGGUGAAACCUACAACGGAUGCCACUUCUGGUCCAACUUCGAAAUUGCCAACUUGAACUUCUGGAGAGGAGAGGCCUACACCAAGUACUUCGAGUUCUUGGACAAGGCCGGUGGGUUCUUCUACGAGAGAUGGGGAGAUGCCCCUGUCCACUCCAUUGCAGUUGCCUUGUUCAUGAACAAGGACAAAGUGCAUUUCUUCGAGGACGUCGGCUACAACCACGUUCCAUUCCACAACUGUCCUGUGGACCCCGAAGUCAGAAAGCAAAAGAACUGUGCCUGCAACCCCAACGAGGACUUCACCUGGAAAGGCUACUCGUGUACCAGCAAGUUCUACACUUUGACCGACAAGAAGAGAAUGAAGGGAUGGGAGAAGUUUGCUGAUUGA